CACAAAAUAAAAAAUAAAAAACCUGAAAACAAACAAAACAAACAUAAGGAAAAUAUAUCAACAAUGAAUAAAAACAAGAAUCCCAGUCCCACCAGAACUUGCUCGUAGCUUCAACCUUCUUGACCGUACACGUGUCAGGACAAGAAUGGUGCACAUAUAUAAAAAGCCAUAACCCCAUCUCCAUUUUCUUAUCAAUAGAGAAAAAGAUUGAAACUUUGUGUGAUUUUGUGAAACCCCAAAUGGCGAAUAAUAAAGAAAUGAGAGUGGUAAAGGGUCUUGAUGUGGAGAGGUACAUGGGAAGGUGGUAUGAGAUAGCUUCAUUCCCAUCAUUUUUUCAGCCCAGAGAUGGAGCUAACACAAGGGCUACUUACACUCUUAAGGAAGAUAAGGCAACAGUUCAUGUAUUGAAUGAGACUUGGAGUGGUGGUAAGAGAGAUUCUAUAGAGGGUAUUGCUUACAAGGCUGACCCAAAAAGUGAUGAGGCUAAGCUCAAAGUCAAAUUCUAUGUGCCUCCAUUCUUGCCCAUAAUCCCUGUUGUUGGUAAUUAUUGGGUUCUCUAUGUUGAUCCUGAUUACCAAGUUGCUCUCGUUGGCGAACCCACCAGGAAGUCUCUUUGGAUAUUGGCGAGAAAGACACAUAUAGAUGAUGAGAUAUACAAUUUAGUUGUUGAGAAAGCCAAAGAAGAGGGAUAUGAUGUGACCAAACUUCACAAGACUCCACAGAGUGAUCCUCCACCAGAAGGAGAAGGACCCAAUGACAACAAGGGUAUUUGGUGGAUCAAAUCCCUCUUUGGAAAAUAGUCAUUAUUUAAUAUACACAUUACAUUAUGGUCUCCAAUCCAUAAUGCACUAUUACUACUACUAUUAUUAUUAAAGAACAUGAAAUUAGGAUUUUAUUUUUCAUGCAUAUGUUUUUCUUCAGUCUUUUUCUGUUGUGAAUAGCAGUUAAUUUAUGCAAAUUUUAAUCUUAUUGUUGUAUUUUUAUUUAUAGGCUUCAAUAAAAGUACUUUAGUUGUAGUUUUUCUAUGUAUUUUUGCUGUGGUGAUGCAGUUAAAUUAAUUACUCAAUCCUAAAAUAUUAUAUUAAGUGAUGUAGUAGGGCAUUUUAGCCAAUCACAUAUAAUUAAAACAGAAUGUUUGUG